CCUUGUAUUAGUUCAUCUUUCUAAAGCAAACAACAAAACCAAAAAAAAAAAAAAUGGAAACAAUUUCUAUGUUACCAUCAACUCAUCAACCAUUAAGGUCAAUUAGUUUACCAACAAGAAUUCAUCCAUCUUCACAAAGAGUUGAAGCAUUAUUAAACCAUCUCAAACCACAAUCUUCAUCUCAAUCUCUUUCAAGAACAAUUUGUUUUGAGGCAGAGACAAUACAAAGUGAUUUAGUUGUUCUUGCUGAAUUAUACAAUUGCAUGGAAGAACUCUUCCAUUCUCAACAAACAAAACAAGCUCUUUUGCAUUAUCAAAACGGGAAACUAGUUGAAGAUUCAUUACUUGGUUCAGUCACACUUUUAGAUGCAUGUGGUUCAUCAAGGGAAUUACUCUUGAAUCUUAAACAACAUGUUCAAACACUUCAAUCGGCUAUACGUAGAAGACGAGGAAAUUCAACAUCAACCAUUGAAAGAACUAUUCAUGAAUAUGAUUGCUUUAGAAAGAAGGCAAAGAAGGAAAUUUCAAAGCAACUUUGUGAAAUGAAGAAAAUGGAAAACAAAGUUAAGGUUUUUUCUAUAAUGGGUCAAGAUCAAAAUUUAAUAUUUUUAGCUAAAAUUUUAAGAGAAGCAAAUAUCAUUACAAUAUCUAUAUUUAGAUCACUUUUGCUAUUCAUAUCAAUGCCAAGACUUAAACCAACAAAAGGGUCAUCAUCAUUGAUCUCAAAGCUUAAUCCAACUAGAUUAUUUUCUUCUGAGAAUGAAGAGAAGAACACUGAUUUUGCAUCACUCUUGAGAGUGUUGGAGACAUUGAAUGUUGGUGUUUGUGGUCUUGAAGGUGGAUUGGAUUGUAUUUUUAGAUGUUUGGUACAAAAUAGAGUGUCAUUUCUUAAUAUGCUUGCUCAUUAAUUAGAAGAGUGAAGUAUAUAAAUUGAUGAUCAAUAUUGUAAAUGUUAA